AUGUGGGACAGAAAAUGUAAAAGGUACGAGUCAAUUGGAUUCGUCGUCAGCAAUACAGAAAUGAAGGUAGUUAGUUUGAAAUCAGGAAAAAUUUUGGGUCCGCAUGCCAUUGGAGAAUUACGUUUCAAGUCACAAUCAAUGAUGCUAGGUUACUUUGGAAACCUUGAAGCUACAAAACAGUCAUUUGAUAAAGAAGGGUGGCUCCGCAGUGGAGAUCUCGGUUACUACAACGAGCACGGCGAAAUAUUUUUACUUGAUCGAGUCAAUGAAUUGAUAAAAUACAAAAACCACUUAUUAUCUCCAAACAAAAUCGAACAAGCACUAAUGAUUAAUCCAGCCGUCACCGAAGUUGCAGUGGUACCUGGAAGAGAUCUGAUUAAAUUAUCUUCUGUGCUUGGAGAAGAAAAAAAAAUAAGAGGUGGCAUCGUAUUUCUAGACGAUUUGCCUAAGGUUACUUCUGCUAAGAUUGCCAGACAUGAAUUGAAAAGAGUUGCGAAAAAUAUCACUCAUGUAUGA